CGUGAGCCAGUGGCGGCUGUCCUUUGGGGUGCGGAGCGCCGGCAGGGUCAGCUGUGCGGUGCCCACAGGUGGGCUACCAUGGCGCGGAGGCUCCUCCGUCAGUACUGGGACAUUCCAGAUGGCACCGACUGCCACCGCAAAGCCUACGCUAGCACCAGUAUCGGCGGUGCCGUUGGUGUGGUCACCUCUGCCUAUAGCCUCUCACUCAAUCCCGCUGGCACAGUCCUUGAAGGAGUGGCCAGGGCUGGACGAUAUACAUUUACUGCAGCUGCCAUUGGAGCCGUGUUUGGCCUUGCCUCGUGCAUCAGCGCCCAGGUCCGUGAGAAGCCCGAUGACCCCAUGAACUACUUCAUCGGAGGCUGUGCAGGAGGCCUGACCCUGGGAGCACGUACUCACAACUACGGGAUUGGUGCCACUGCCUGCGUGUACAUGGGCGUAGCGGCCGCCCUAGUCAAGAUGGGCAAGCUGGAGGGCUGGAGAAUGUUUGGAGAGCCCAGGGUGUGAGCCCUGCCGUCUGCCAGGACCUCAGCAGAUUGGGAUACUUCUGGAAAUAAAUUCUGUGUAUAUGCGUCUGAA